AUGACCGUGUGUUGUGUUUGCGAUGGGAAUAGUAUUGAUGUGAACACGAGUUCGGGUUCAGUGAGGGGUCAGACACUCCAUGUCUUGAAUCGCAAAAUACAUCAGUACUUGAAUAUACCCUACGCUGAGCCCCCUUUAGGCCCCCUUAGGUUCACCCCUCCCGUACCCCUCAAAGCCCCCAAACAGACUUUAAUAGACGGCAAAAAACCUGGCAAUCAUUGUAUUCAAGACAACUUACAUAUACCUGAACACCUAAAGGAUAUGUGGGAUAACAUAGCGAUGAGUGAAGACUGUCUGGUAUUGAAUAUAUGGACACCAAAUGUGGGCAAUAGUAGUGACAGUGAAGGGAAAGGGGUUCUCAAACCAGUCAUGUUCUCCAUAUAUAGCGGAGGAUUCAUUUUUGGAUCAAUAUUUAAAGACAUGUACAACGGCUCAGUGUUGGCCACCAAUGAUGUGGUGGUUGUGUCGGCUAACUAUAGGUUAGGGCCGUUGGGCUUCCUAUACGGCGGCGAUGAGACAGCGCCGGGAAAUGCGGGUCUUUAUGACCAGUUAUUAGCACUCAAAUGGGUUAGAGAAAACAUACACCUCUUCGGCGGUGAUAGGGAUCAGAUCACUCUAUUUGGUUACAGCGCCGGCAGUUGGUCGGUGUCCGCACACAUACUCUCCCCGUUAUCUAAGGGACUGUUUAAGAGGGCUAUUAUGCAGAGCGGGUCCGUUAUGUACAACAGAGGCAAACCAGUGCUGAAUACUGUUGAGGCCUUGAAAACAGCCAAACAAAUGGCUCGACGUUUGAAUUGCAGUGAAUUUGACAACAAAUGGUUGGACUGUUUGCGUGCAGUACAGGACACGAACCACUUUAUUGUAUGGACUAAUGUUAGUCAACUCCGAUGGCAACACCCGGUGUUUGGCACACAUUUUUUGCCAUUUGUGCCCAAAAAUGCAUUUAAAACGCAAUCAUUCAAUUUGGGCAUUGAAGUAAUGGCCGGCGCGACCAAAGACGAGGGCAAUGCGCUGUCAUAUUCACGAAUACCCGAAAUGAAUGUAAAACUCACGGAACAACUAUUCCGCAAAGCGGUCAGCGAUUUGAGCCGCGAAUACCAUAACAUAGAUGUGGACAAAGUGUGCGAUCAUUAUCUCAAUGGUGUCCACACAACCAAUUCAUCGCAAUUGAAGGCAGCGUUAAGUGUAUUAUAUGGCGAUUUGGAGUUCACAUGUCCCACAUAUCACUUCGCAAAGAGUUUGGCCACUAGUGGUCAGAGUGUGGCCACAAAUGUGUAUUUUUAUCGGUUUAAUUUUAUAACUCAAUUGACGUCCCAUCAGAGAAACUGUACGGAUGGACACGUAUGUCACGGCGCGGCCAUUGAUCUCUAUUAUGGCCAACCCCUGAGAUAUCCCUCACUUUACAGCAAAACUGAAUAUGACUUUAGUAUAGAUGUGAUGAAAAUGUGGACCGAUUUUGCAAAGAAUGGCAAAGCACAUGAAGUUUGGCCACAGUUUUGGGACAAAUCUGUGAUUCGAGUGAAAGACUUGAAUCCCAACGAUAUGUUACUUAUUCUCAAAAAUCCAUACGAGAGUACAUGUGAUGGCGUUUGGAUGUGUUGUGUUUGCAAUAGUAUUGAUGUGAACACGAGUUCGGGUUCAGUGAGGGGUCAGACACUCCAUGUGUUAAAUCGCAAAAUAAAUCAAUUCUUGAGUAUACCCUACGCUGAGCCCCCUUUAGGCCCACUCAGGUUCGCCCCUCCCGUACCCCUUAAAGCUUCCAAACAGAUUUUAAUAGACGGCACAAAACUUGGUAAUCAUUGUAUUCAAGACAACUUACAUAUACCUGAAUAUUUAAAGGUUAUGUCCAAUAGCUUAGCGAUGAGUGAAGACUGUCUGGUAUUGAAUAUAUGGACACCAAAUGUGGCCAAUAGUAGUGACAGUAAAGGGAAAGGGGGUCUCAAACCAGUCAUGUUCUUCAUAUAUGGCGGAGGAUUUAUUUUUGGGUCAAUAUUUAAAGACUUGUACAACGGCUCAGUGUUGGCCACCAAUGGUGUGGUGGUUGUGUCGGCUAACUAUAGGGUCGGGCCGUUAGGCUUCCUAUACGGCGGCGAUGAGACAACGCCCGGAAAUGCGGGUCUUUAUGACCAGUUAUUGGCACUCAAAUGGGUUAGAGAAAACAUACGCUUCUUCGGCGGUGAUAGGGAUCAGAUCACUAUAUUUGGCUACAGCUCCGGCAGUUGGUCGGUGUCCGCACACAUACUCUCCCCGUUAUCUAAGGGACUGUUUAAGAGGGCUAUUAUGCAAAGCGGAUCCGUUAUGUACAACAGAGAUCGACCGGCGCUGAGCGCUGUUGAGGCCCUGAUUAAAGCCAAACAAUUGGCCCGACGUUUAAAUUGCAAUGAAUUUGGCAAUAAAUGCACAUGGUUGGAUUGUUUGCGUGCAAUAAAGGACCCAAAUCUCUUUAUUGUAUGGACUAAUGUUAGUCGUCUCGUAUGGCAACACCCGGUGUUUGGCACACAUUUUCUGCCAUUUGUGCCCAAAAAAGCAUUUAAUACGAGAUCAUUUAAUUUGGGCAUUGAAGUGAUGGCCGGUGUGACCAAAGACGAGGGCAAUGCGCUCUCAUAUUUUCGAAUACCGGAAAUGAAUGUAAAACUCACGGAACAACUGUUCCGGAAAGCAGUCAACAAUUUCAAUGAUGAAUACCAUAACAUAGAUGUGGACAAAAUGUGCGAUCAUUACCUAAAAGAUAUUGACAAAACCAAUUCAUCCCAAUUGAAAGGAGCAUUAAGUUCAUUAUAUGGCGAUUUGGAGUACACUUGUCCCACAUAUCAUUUCGCCAAGAGUUUGGCCACUAAUGGCCAGAAAGUGGUCUAUUUUUAUCGUUUUAAUUUUCAAACCCAACUGACGGCCCGUCAGAGAAACUGUGCGGACGGACACGUAUGUCACGCCGCGGACAGUAAUCUCAUGUUUGGCCAACCUUUAAGAUAUCCCUCACUUUAUAGCAAAACUGAAUAUGACUUCAGUAUAGAAGUGAUGAAAAUGUGGACAAAUUUUGCAAAAAAUGGCAAAGCACAUGAAGUUUGGCCACAAUUUUGGGACAAAUCUGUGAUUCGAGUGAAAGACUUGAAUCCCAACGAUAUGUCACUUAUUCUCGAGAAUCCAUACGAGAGUACAUAUAAUUAA